CUCGUUUCCCUUUUCACCGGAAGAAGUCGCGUUGACGUGUCAGAGCUGCUGUGGAUGUUCAUACGUUAGCGACCUGAUAUUGUUUAAAAUAAAUAAAUAAAUAAAUAAAUAAAUAAAUAAAAAUUUAAUAAUAAUAAAAAAAUUUGUGCGUAAGUUGCAGUCUGGCUAGCUAGCAUGCUGCUUUAAAGGAAAUGUAACUAACUUAACGAUUUCUGUGUGCGAGAGCAGGCCAUGGCCACUCCUGAAACGCCGUGGCUGUAGUGUAGAGACUGAAGGCUUUCAGCGUUGUUCCGUCACGCCUGCACUAAAUGUCUUAUUUUGAAUCAUUCUUAACGCUUUUAAAAAGAACCGACACUGCCAACCAUUAGUGUGAAACAAGCGACCAUUAGCUGGACUUGUUCAGAAAUCUAGUGAGAACGAAAGCAACUGAAAUGCACCAGGGUCGCUGAAUUAGCGUGAAAUAAACACUAGUCAGCUGACUGGAUGAAGCUUUUCGACGGCAUCUCUGCACAGAGUCGUUGCUGUGGACGGGUGACGCAGAGUCCGUCGUUAAAUUACCUCGACACAAUGCUGCGACUAGAGGACGUGGCUAAUGUGUUGCUCAGGGUGCCCAGUCUCUUAGUGCUGGACUUGCUCUACAAAUGCAACAUCGAGAGCUUCACCCAUCAUCUCAGGGCGAGCAGCGAGGACAUGCUCUUCAAAUACAAAUACGUCGUCUGGAACAUUUACUACUUAGGUCACUUUGUGAGCACAGUGGUGUUGUUAUUGCCUCUGGGACACGUUGUUCAAAUUUACCUGCAUGUUCUCACUGCUCUUCUGCUCUACAUGGGACAUCAGAUGUCCAGGGAAUAUGUCGUGGGGGAGAGUCAAUACGGGUAUGACGGAGCACUCUUCCUGCAUCCACCAGCCUUGAACCGAUUUGUGAGGGCACUUACAUGUCAGAUUAUUGUUGCCACUCUGUGUGCCUUCCUCAUGCGCACUCGCCGUGUAUGGCUGUUCUCGGCACACUUGAUCCCACUGAUUGGACGGGUGUGUUUAGUUUCUCAAGACAAUGCCCUGAUGCUCACUACUGUUUCCAUGGGGAUAACUGCGGCUGAGGUUGCCAUCUUCCUCCUCAUGAAUCUGUUUGUCCCAUAUAGAUUGGCCAGGGCCACAUACUGGCAAAUAACACAAACAGAGGUGACGGAUUUGUACCGGUUGUUAGCGGUCAGCAUGACACUCUGGCAUAGCUUUGCUGUGCCUAUGUUAUUCAGUGCAUUCUGGUUUGUACUGUUUGGAGUUCAGGUUGUCUCUAAUUUUGGCAGCUCCACUGCCAUACAAGAGGGGCUGCUGCUCUACCUCCUCACCAGUGUGUCUGAGUGCUGUGCUAGUCCUUACUCUCUGCUGGGUUUGACAUUUAUGGUUUCUUAUUUGGCACUGGGCCUCCUGAAUCUCUGCAAGUUCUGCCUUGGAGGAUUCACAGCGCUGCAGAACCACAAUGUCAUGCACAGGGGUGUGACAGAGGGUGUGACUCUGUUGUUGUUGGGCCUACAGACUGGCUUGUUGGACUUGCCAGCCCUGCAACGCUGCUUCCUCCUCUUUAUCAUACUCUUUAUCAUCCUCACUUCCACACUGCAGAGCAUGAGUGAGAUAACUGAGCCCAUUGUGCUAGGACUUGGGGCCAGUAGGAACAGGUGUGUGUGGAAGCAUGUGCGGGGGCUGGGCAUGUGUGUAUUCCUGCUGCUUUUUCCUGGAUUCAUGGCCUUUAAGUUAUCCCAGUUCUUCCACAUGGAUUUCUGGCUUCUCAUCCUGGUUUCCAGCUGUAUGCUUACAUCACUGCAGGUGACCGGGACCCUAUUAAUCUACUGCUUGUUCAUGGUGGAGGUGUGGCGUGGUGCUGCUCUGCCCAGCCUUGACGAGGUGGUGUAUUAUGUGAACGCUGUGUGUCGGGCAUUGGAGUUUGCUGUGGCACUGUGUGUGGUUGCAUACGGGGCAUGGGAGUCACUGUGGGGUGAGUGGAGCUGGAUAGGGGCAUCAGUUAUCAUCAUCCACUCCUACUGCAACGUGUGGCUUCGUGCCCAGGCUGGAUGGAAGAGCUUCUUGCUUCGGCAGGAAGCCGCACGCAAGAUCAACUCGCUCCCACGGGCGAGUGCUGAACAGCUGCAGGAACACAGUGAUGUCUGUGCCAUCUGUUUUCAGGAUAUGACAUCUGCUGUGAUAACCUACUGUGGUCAUUAUUUCCAUGGAAACUGUCUUAGAAAGUGGCUAUAUGUUCAGGAAACCUGUCCCAUGUGCCACACUCCCAUCAAACCAUCUACAUCCAACCCAAACCCUGCUGCGGGUGAUGCCCAAUCAAACCCACCACAGACCCAACCCCACCCACCUCAGCAAGAGCCAGCUACUGAACACACUGACACUCACCAAGCGGAGCAGGGCCCAGUGGAAGACGUAGUCCAUUCACCAGAUAAGACGUCUGAGUCUGAGCCACCACCCAGAACAAAGGGUCUACAAAAUCUGAACUGUAGUGCCAGUGGAGACACUUCUGGUCCUGGCUGCUCAUUAGAAGGAAAUCCCUGCAAUGAGAGAAACUGGGAAUCUGAGCAGAGGACUAACUAGCCCAGAGAGGCCAAUUCAGCUAUGUACUCAGACAGAGAACCAUGACUAUGCCACUCUUUCAGUGCUAGCUAUUGAGCCAAUAGAAAAGAAGGAAAAGUGGAUCAUUAAAAGACAAUAGAGAGCCAGUAGUUCACUCCCUCUCUGAACUCCCAGUAACAAAGACUACAAGCCAGUUCUCUGGUGGAACGGAGCUUCUUCUAAUCCUCUUAACCAUGUGCUGGUAUCUUCUCAUCACAGCAAUUCUUCAAGCAAUACAAAAUAAUGUUUGACUACAUUUCUCUUGAAAUGUUUAAAAUGCAUUGGUUGUUGUGAGGAUGUUUGUCCCUUUAAUGAAGUGUAAUAGUGAAGGUGGGAUUAUUUUGCUGUCUCUUUUUUUUUUUUUUGAAGCAAUGUAAAAUGAUUGGAUAAUUCAAUUUAAUCUGCUUUGAAGAAAUUCUUUAAAAAUAUGUCCUAUUUCAAUACUGUCGCGUAUCAUCCGUAUGUUGCACACAAAUAUGCAGGUGAAGAGGUAAGCUCUCAGCCGAGCACAUAAGUACCCGACAAUGCCUCAUCAUUCGGUUCUGUUUCAUGCAACCAUCAUUUUCACUGUCAUUUUGUCCACAGCAUCCUGAAAUCAAGUAUAGUUUUCUGUUUAUUAAAUAACUAUUGCAACA